AUUAAGUUAAUUUGCGUAAAUCGCAACUACAGUUACAGAUGACAGGGUAGUUGUCAUUCUGCCCAUCUUGGGUAUUAUGAGUGCAUCGUCGCGUUGCCUUCGGAGUACCGAUGAUCGGGACUGUGUGUCGUCUUCCGCUUCGACAUUAACUGCGGCUAUAAACUCUUUCCCACCUCCUAUGCGUCGCAUAGAAUGUCGUGACAUUGACUACAUGUUAGGCAUAACGCCUGUGAAGGCUUUAUUGCAUUCUCAUGGGAGGGUCCUUGUCAUAAACAGUACCGCACCUUUGUACAUAUGCUUAAUGUCUAUGGCUGCUUAUGGUCAGCAUUUUGCGCUUUUGUACAAUCCCGAUCUCCAGGACUUUAUUGGAUGUUUGGAUGAACAUGCAGUUUUGCGGUUGCUUCUUAAUAGAGCUCAAUUGAAUUUGUCUGACUCUUGUGAAUCUUACACGAGAAGGGAAGAUGUAUCCACGAUAUACAGAGUACGUGAAGAUUCCCCUGCCAAGGAUGGUCUCGCAAUGUUGCUUUCGCAGAGGUCGCGUUGUCUUAUCACUUGGUCGUCCAAAAGGGACGCUCCCAUGGGUUAUUUGACAACCAGAUGUUACCUUGGUUACAUCAUUAAACACCUCCGUGGAUGUCACUUGCAUAGAGCUACGAGGAUCGCAGAUAUUCAGCCCUUGGUGGAUUACUAUACCGUUACGGGUGAUAUUACCCUGGGAGAAACGAUUGGUCUUUUAGUUGACCAUGACGAGAUUUUGCUUUCAGGGUCCGAUGGGCGUGCGCUGUGCGUCUUCAAUCGCAAAAUGAUAGUAAAUUAUAUUUUAUCAUUGCUACACAGAAAGGAACCUGUAAGGUUGUCUACCGAGUUGAGAGUGGUAUAUGAUGGGUUUUCCUUGGCAUCUGAUUCUACACCUCUCCUUCCAGAGGUAAAUAGGAGCAUGUCAUUGGUUGAAGCUCUUCCCAUUAUAUUUUCUUCUUAUGAUGGAUUUUUUCUAUCUUCUGAGGGUGAUUCUGGUCCUUCUUGUGUGCUGAGUGUCUGGGAUGUGUUGCAGCACAUGCUCUAUCAUUUAGCAUGAACCUUACUAAUUACAGCCAUUGCAAA